AUGGGCAGGGGAAGCGUCGCGGUACCUUCACGCGCAAAGGCGAAGAGCGGCGGGAUCGUUUGCUGCAUGAAGCCCGCGGUUUCGCUCGGAACCCCGACGCCACAGGGCAAAGAUGCGUUUCGUCGCGCCUCCGCCGGUGCCCCUGAUGCGUUGACAAGCGCCGGUGGAGACCCGUCAGGGUCCCAAGAGACGCGCGAGAACGGCGCAAAGAGCGUUAAAUCCUCAGGUUCGACCAGAUAUACCGUCGCAUCGGCAUCCUCCCGCGCGGUCACGUCCCAACCUCCCCCGACGCCCCGUCCCCCUCUCGGCACCGGCUCCGGUAUUUCCGAGACGUCUAAAUCUGAGCUCUUUCCCCCCGACCCGAAACCUUCAGGGACGCGCACGUCGCAUCGAAGGAGCCCGCUCGGGGACGUUUCCAACGUCAGCACCACCCCGGAUGACACCGCGGCGAAGCUCCACCGCGGUUGGGGGAGCGGGAGCUUCCACGCGUCACCGCCCGACGACGAGAAACCCGACCGAUCCCCGGCGUUGGAACUGGCCGAGAGGGCGCUGUCCACCGCGAACGGCCUCCGCGACCUGUCCCAAGUCCUGUCCCCGGCCUACGCGUCUCCCGGCAUCGUCGACGGCGCCCACGGCGAUGUUGAUAACGAGCUCGAUCGGGUGUACGGGCGGUACAAGGCGCACGCGGCGACGCGGACGCCCGGGUUCGCCGAGGACGAUCGACCCAAACCGGCGACGUGGGCGACGAAACAGCCCGGUGAGUCACCGCCCGGUGAGUCAUCACCGCCGGAGAGCUCAGCCGUUUCACAGCCGUUUCCCGCCGGCGCCGCAGUCACGCUGGCGCACGCGCUCGGUCGAUGGAGGGAGGCGUCGUCCGUGUCCGCGGUGCGAUCCGUCGCGAAGCGAGAGAAGGACCAGCUCACGACGCUCCUCAGGGAACAGGCGGACGCGUGCGACGCCGAGGUGAACGCGCUCACCGCCGAGAUUGAGGACCUGAUGGAGGCGCUCGCGGAGUCGGGGUCGGAGAGUUCGAGGCUCAGGUGGAGGUGGUCGGCUCGCGCGGGUGUGCUGGCCGAGAGGUGCAACGGCUACAGGCGCGAGGCGAACAGGCUGCGGGCCAAGGCGAGCGGGCUCGAGUCGCAGCUGUCGAGCGUGGAGGCUCACAUCGCCGACGCGGCGAAGGACUUUGAGGUGCUGAGGGAGAAGCUGAACGAGUCGAGGAGGGAAACGGAACGGGCACGAGCCGGAGAGGACGAGGCGAGACGGCAGCUCGUCGCCGCGCAGGCUGCCGCCGCGGAUGCCAUCGCCGCCGCCGCGAUGGUCGCGGCUUCUCCAAACGCGAUACGCGCGGACGUCUCCAACGACGCCAUGCGCGAAGCGAUGAGGAAGCAGCUCAAGGAGGAGUUACGCGCCGAGGUUGAGAGGGAAGUCAGAAACGAAAUGGGGACGUCCGGUCGCGAUGCGUCCGCAGACGUCCACGCGCUCUCCGGGUCAGUGGCGAGAUCCGUCGAGUCGUUGCUUCACGGCGGAAAGUCGGCUCAGGUUCGGCAGUUAUCGGCUGCCCGCAUGGAAGCGACGCAACGGUGCUCGAGUAACCUGGCGGCGAUGAGGGCGGCGGGUGUCGAGACGCUCAAACUCGACGAGGACGAAUCCCGUGGCGGCGUCGAGUCGGCAGAGCUCAUCAGCCUGAUUGCCGCUCACGCGUUGCAGCGUUGCGAGGCGCACCCUCACGGGGACGGCGCGAGGGCGUUCUACAGGGCUGCGAGGAGGGUGGAGCUCGCCGCGAUGGCGUGCCAGCCUCAGUACAAAAAGCGUGACGGUCGACGGACGUGA